GAAUUCCAAUUGAUAAGGUUGCAUCGCUGGAUCAAGAGACUCGCAAUUAUGUAGGGACAAAGUUACUUGAGCUUACGUUGAAGGAGUUAUUUAUCUUCCGUUUUAUGCAGACUGAUCCUAACUGGAGUAACUUCUUAUAUGACGAGACGAAUAAAUCGAUCAACCUUAUAGACUUUGGAGCAGCAAGGGACUACCCAAAAGAAUUUGUAGAUGAUUAUCUAAAGAUGGUAAUGAGUUGUGGAAACAGCGAUAGGGAGAUGGUGAUUGAGAUGUCAAGGAGGCUAGGGUUUCUGACCGGAAUGGAAUCAGAGAUAAUGGUGGAGGCUCAUGUGCAGGCAGGGUUCGUGGUGGGACUGCCGUUUGCAAAGAGUGGAGGGUACGAUUUUGGAUCGACGAAUAUUACUCAAAGCAUUACAAAUCUGGGGGCAACGAUGCUUCGGCACAGGCUGACACCCCCUCCGGAAGAGGCCUACAGCCUUCACCGGAAGCUUUCCGGUGCUUUCCUCGCUUGCAUCAAGCUUCAGGCUGUGGUUCCUUGCAGAGAACUGCUGCUUCAAGUCUACGACAAUUAUCAGUUUGGGACCUUAAAUUAA